AUGGCGAAGACGACGCGAUCCUGGAAUCCGAUUUCCUUCCUCGUUACUCAAGUGACUACUAUUGGAGCGCUUAUCUACGCGGCGGCUUUCGUCGUUGUGAUUUUCCAGCACGUCUCGGUUCCACCGGCUCCUCGCUCAGCUACACCUGUCAACGGCAUCAACCUCACUCAGGCAUGGCGGGAUCUUGAAUUUAUCAGCGAUGGAUAUCAUCCGUGGUCGAGCAGAAGGAACGACGAAGUCCGGAAGUACCUUCUAAACCGGAUCGAAGACGUUCUGAAGGAUGUGGAUCACAAGACGGUUUAUGCCUCGACCAACGGCACUUUUAUCUCGGAUUCUCCAGCUUCUCCGAAGCUUGUUACUGUCUUUGCUAAUGAUACUUCCAAUUUCACGGCUGCUGAUAGUUGGUCCAAACGCGCUGCUACUCUCUAUGGCGAAUCGGAGAACAUACUCGUCUACAUCCGUGGCGAACUCGAGGACUCCGAAGGCGACUGGUGGAACGAAACGACACCUUAUACCGGCCCUUCUGGUGUUCUGGUCUCUGCACAUUACGACAGUGUUUCAACGGGUUUCGGAACUACGGAUGAUGGUGUUGGUGUUGUGAGCAUUCUUCAGCUCAUUUCGCAUUUCGCACAUAAUCGACCCAAGCGAGGUAUCGUAGCCUUGCUCAACAAUGGAGAAGAGAAUGGAUUGUAUGGCGCGUACAACUACUUGAGACAUCCCGUAUCGCAGCUGCCGCACACGUUUGUUAACCUUGAAGGGGCCGGAGCCGGCGGUCGUGCUAUACUUUUCCGCUCCACCGACGCAGAAGUGACAAAGGCGUACGCCAAAUCACCCAAUCCGUUCGGAAAUGUGGUGUCCUCGGACGGAUUCUCACAAGGCUUCAUCAGAAGUGGGACCGACUACACCAUUUUCGCUGACAUGGGUGGCCUCCGUGGAUUGGACAUUGCAUUCUAUGAGCCUCGGGCAAGAUAUCACACUGAUCAGGAUUCCAAAUCAAACACUAGCCCAGCAUCCGUGUGGCAUAUGCUUUCCUCGGCUUUGGCCACAGUUCAGGAGCUGACGAAGCGAGGCAAUGGGUUCGAAGGCUCUCGUGGCAAGAAUGGCAAGUUGCACAUCGGAUCUGGAAGCUACAGCUUUUUCUUCGACAUUCUCGGCAAAGCUUUCGCUGUUGGAAAGCUGAACACACUAUUCGCGAUAUCGGUCACCCUACUAGUAGCUGGGCCGGUCAUUUUGAUACUACUGGAAGUCCUUCUCCGCCGGAGCGAUAAAUGGUACAUUUUCGCWGGAAAGAGAUUCCUCAAAUCCUCCGACGAUGAUGAGUCUGUCCGGAUCCAUGGCCAGAGGGGAUUCUUCCGUUUCCCCAUCGCGUUCAUCGUGUCAACAGGCAUUGUUGUAGCGUUGGCCUACCUACUCACCAAGAUUAACCCCUACAUUAUCUACAGUAGUGAAUAUGCGGUGUGGUCUAUGAUGCUGUCUAUCUGGCUCGCCUCGACUUGGUUCCUCAGCAACCUCGCCGCAAACACACGCCCGACUGCGCUUCACCGCAUGUUCACAUUGUUCUGGAUGUAUGCGGUCUCCUGGUUGAUGCUCGUUCUCGCUACGAUUGGCGAGAAGAAUUUACACCUCGGCAGCGGGUACUUUCUUGUGAUUUAUCAGGCUUCCGUGCUAAUCGCACUACUGAUAUCAUAUCUCGAGCUGUUUGCACUGCCUACCAUAAGCAAAUACGUAGCGCACGUACUGGGAGCUCAGCACACAGACGCAGCUUCUACAAGGCCGAAUAGCAGAUCCUCGCGGCAGCUUUUGGAUGUCAGCGCGGAAGGCAAUGAAGAAAACGAGCCUACGGAAAGAACCUCACUUCUUGAUCCUUCUCGCAGUCGUGCUACUAGCCAACACACCUUUACACGCUUCAGCCGACGACGUGCUGAUCGGGAUGAAGUGCCAGAGGAUACUGAUGACCCCUUCCUCAACAAAGCGUACAUGGACGAACAGGCGUGGUCCUCCAAGCUACCCCAGUGGACGUGGGUUCUACAAUUCAUCAUUCUGGCUCCUAUCAACGUCAUCAUCGUCGGGCAGAUUGCACUCAUGAUCACGUCCGCGGUCAAGCAGACGGCUGCCGAUGGGAACUCUGUUCUUGGAAGUUACUGCAUUAUCSCCGGACUUACCGUCCUCAUCCUACUCCCACUGGCUCCGUUCCUCCACCGUUUUAGCUACCACAUCCCGACAUUCCUCUUCCUGGUCUUCAUAGGGUGCCUGAUCUACAAUCUUCUGGCAUUCCCAUUUUCCAGAGAGUCACGGAUGAAGUAMUAUUUUGUACAGCAAAUGGACCUCUCCACCGGUGCAAACAACGUUACCAUCAAUGGUCUCGAUGGGUAUCUCCAGUCCAUUGUAGCAGAAAUGCCGAGUGCUGCUGGACAACCAUUACCAUGCGGCGCAUCUUCCACCCGCAAAGGUCUGACUGAAUGCAGCUAUCAUGGCCUCGCACCGAAUGUCGUGCCAAGAGGCUACGCAGGCCUUCCACGUAAUUCCACCGUGAAGCACGCAUACAAAUCCUGGAUGGACUUGAAUGUUACGCGAAAAGGCGACAGCGCACUGUUCAGUCUUCGCGGACUCAACACGAAGCAAUGUCGCAUAUCCUUUGACAAUGCCGUUUCGAACGUUGUUGUUGAAGAUGGAGCUUCGGACCCGAGGAUGCGCACUGUCCCCGAAGAGGGUAGUAAGGUCGUGCAUCUCUUCAGCCGGGAGUGGGACAAGACUUUCCAUGUAAAUGUUACUUGGGCGAAAGGAGAAGAUGCUAAAGGACAGAAGGGAAAUGCGACUUGUUUGUGGGAGGAUGUCAAUAUCCCAGGGACGAUUCCUGCGUUUGAUGAGUUGAAGCGUUUUGAGCCCUUUUGGAGUGCGGUGUCGAAGAGUGGGAAUGGUUUGCUAGAGGGGUUCAAGGAGUUCAAGGUGUAG